AUGGUGCGACGAAGGGUGAGCGCCCUCGCCCGUGACUCGCUGAGUGUGCGCCCGCGCACCGCCGGCACAGCGACCCGCGACAACCACUCGCCGAAUUCUGUGCAACACCACCAACGUCACAAUACCGACACUUUUGAAGAUGAUGUCAUUCAAGCGACAGUUCUAAAAGUUGAUACUGAAGCGAAAGAAGUCUUCGACGUUCAAAUGUCAGUGUACGACGCGCCAAUCGACGCCGCGUUCCUCUCUGUUUAA